AAAAUGCGUAGUCCGCAAUUUCGACCGUCGAUAGCAUUUUCCCGGGAAAAUCUUCAACAGAAAUUCAAAUUCUACAUUCAAUUCACAAACAAACCCUCAAUAAAACAAAUCUCUUAUUACUCCAUCAUUUCACACGAAACCUUAAAUCCUUACCUUAACCCCAUUAACAACUUCCUAGGCAAAACCAGAACCGCUCUGUUUGUUCACUCCCUUGCUAAUACUGACAAUCACGCUAAGUUUCAACAAUACCCAGAUGGUGAAAUUGUGUCAAAAGUCCAAAACAUUCUCAAGAAUCAUGGAACUAGCUCAGAACAAGAGAUUGAGAAUGCUCUAGCUCAGUGUGAGCUUGAUCCGAGUGAUGAUUUGGUUAUAAAUGUACUCAAUCUAAACCGUUUUGAUUGGAAGCCGGUGUACUUAUUUUUCAAGUGGGUCUCUAGAAGAAGUGAUUAUUCACCUGGAUGUAAUGUUUACAAUGAGAUGCUUGAUAUUCUUGGGAGAACCGGGCGUUUUGAGGAAUUGAUCCAAGUGUUUGAUGAAAUGUCUCACGGAGAGGGACUUGUGAAUGAGAGUACAUAUGGAAUCCUGCUUCGCAGAUACGCCGCUGCACAUAAAGUAGAGGAAGCAAUUGGUAUCUUUAAUAAGAGGAAAGAAUUUGGGUUCAAUGAUGACCUGGUUGCUUUUCAGAGUCUUUUGAUGUGGUUGUGUAGAUAUAAGCAUGUGGAUGAUGCGGAGACGUUUUUCGAGUUGAAGAAGAAAGAGUUUGGUUUUGAUAUAAAGGCAAGGAAUAUUAUUCUCAAUGGAUGGUGUGUAUUGGGUAAUGUACAUGAGGCCAAAAGGUUUUGGAAGGAUAUUAUUGCGUCUAAAUGUGAGCCAGAUUUGUUUACUUAUGGAACUUUCAUAAAUGCGCUAACAAAGAAAGGGAAAUUGAAUCCGGCAAUGAGGUUGUUUCGAGAAAUGUGGGGGAAAGGGUGCAAACCAGAUGUGGUUAUUUGCAGUUGUGUCAUUGAUGCACUUUGUUUUAAGAGGAGGAUUCCUGAAGCUUUGGAAGUUUUCAGGGAGAUAAAUGAGCGAGGCUGUCUCCCAAAUGUCUCUACGUACAACUCACUUAUCAAGCAUCUAUGCAAGAUUCGGAGGAUGGACAAAGUAUACGAGCUUUUGGAUGAAAUGGAACUGAAGAAAGGAAGUUGUUUGCCUAAUGACAGAACUUAUAAUUACCUGCUCAAGUCCUUGAAGAAACCCGAAGAAGUUUCUGGGGUUUUGGAGAGGAUGGUGAGAAAUGGAUGCGAGAUGAGUAGUGACAUUUACAAUCUGAUUCUGAAGCUGUAUAUGAACUGGGAUUAUGAAGAAAAAGUAAGAUAUACUUGGGAUGAGAUGGAGAAGAAGGGGUUGGGACCUGACCGGCGAUCUUAUACUAUUAUGAUUCAUGGGCUCUAUGACAAGGGAAGGUUAGAGAAUUCUUUAUCUUAUUUUCAUGAGAUGACAUCGAAGGGAAUGGUACCUGAACCAAGAACUGAGAUAUUGGUGAAUGCCAUGAACAUCAAGUUGAAAAAGAAAGAAGCAGAACACGACAAAGUGGGUGAAGCAAAGGAUGAGAAACCAUUGAGACCUAUGCAUAAAAGAAAAAAGAAGGUAAAAACUAGAUAGUAUUUCUGCUUGAAGGUACUGUUACCUUCACUAACAAAACGAUUGAAGCAGCAUAAUUCAAAUAUUGCAUUCUCUGGACUUAUGAUUCGUAAGCAUUGUUCGAUGAAUAGAUGUCAUGUAAUGGCGUUGCCAAAUUCUUGGAACACUGUAAACUGAUUUUUGUACUUCAAGUGGAGAGAGUAUUUUCUUCACCUCUUGUUGCAAUCUAUUUUGGUCUUGAAAAAUACUAAUAAUUUUAGAAUUAUAAUUUCAUAGCAAUAAGACUUUCAGUAUUCAUUAUUCUCGCUCAAUUAUG